AUGAAACUUAAAUUUUUGACUGAUGAAAAAGCUAUUAUUGAAAAUGAAAAACAGUUACAUCACAGGAAAUCUGAAAAAGCCAGAGAAGGUAUGAAAUUAGAUGCUACAGAAGCCAAACUAAACAAUAAUAUUACAUGCAUUGCAUUUGAUUUAAUGAAGACGUUAGCAACUCCCAUUGUUUCCACUGGAAUAUGCUAUUACAAAAGACAGUUAUGGACUUAUUGUCUUGAAGAUCUAUGA